AUUACAGCCAGGCCAUGUGACAGAGGUGGGAGCUCUCCCACUGCUGUCUGCUGCAGACACACGGGGAAAUACAGCCGGGCUAAUUGACCCGGCUUCUGUAAGGCCAUCCAUCAACCGUGGCCCGAGUGGCCCCGCAAGAAACACAUUAUUCCGAGAGACAAAGGAGAGACCGUCAAGGAGGGCAAUAAAUAAGAAACUGAGCGAAGGAAGUGUUUAUGAGCAUUUGAAAAAGGACGUCCGUGAGAGCUUUAGAGAGAGAGAGGGAGAGAGCGAGAGAGAGAGUUGCGCUGCAGUAGCAUCCCACAGCAGACGGUUGAGGACUGCCGAUGUGUGUGUGACUGCACUGCUGAAGAGGAGGAGGAGGAGUAGGAGGCAGAGGGUGAGCACGCUCGCAGACUCUGCAGGAACACACGGCAGCGGCGGCAGCAGCAGCAGUCCGGACCAGGUAGUCCCCCCGCAGGACCUGCACACACCAACGGCGCCCAGAACCCCACCGCCAACGCCAUGGCACAAGCGGCCAAACAUCUCCGCAAGAAUAAGGAUUUAGAAGCCGCGGCGGAGCAGGAGCGCAAGGAGAAGGAGGAGGAGAAGUUCAAAAAGAGGAGUCGCUCACGGGAUAAAAAGCGCAAGGCCCACGCCGUGCAUCGCUGGCUAAUCGAUCAGGACAGUAGUGUGAGCUCUGAGAUGCCGGAUGGCCAAGGAGUAUGGCACUAUGAUGAUGAAGCAGAUGCUGGCAACAGUUUUCUCAGAGCGGCCCGAUCCGGCAACUUGGACAAGGCCCUGGAUCACAUCAAAAAUGGCAUAGAUAUAAAUACAGCGAAUCAGAAUGGGCUCAACGGGCUGCAUCUGGCCUCUAAAGAAGGCCACGUUAAAAUGGUGCUGGAGCUACUCCACAAUGGGAUUGUGCUGGAGACCACCACGAAGAAAGGGAACACGGCCCUGCAUAUUGCAGCCCUGGCGGGGCAGGAGCAGGUGGUCGCAGAGCUGGUUAACUACGGGGCCAACGUCAACGCUCAGUCCCAGAAGGGUUUCACUCCACUCUACAUGGCUGCGCAAGAAAACCAUCUAGAGGUUGUGAAGUUUCUUCUGGAGAAUGGAGCCAAUCAGAGCCUUCCAACCGAGGAUGGAUUUACUCCUCUCGCCGUGGCCCUUCAACAGGGACAUGAGAAUGUCGUAGCCCUGCUCAUCAACUAUGGUACCAAGGGAAAAGUCCGGCUCCCCGCGCUACACAUUGCAGCGCGCAACGACGAUACACGCACGGCCGCGGUGCUCCUGCAGAACGACCCCAAUCCUGAUGUACUCAGCAAGACUGGAUUCACACCCCUCCACAUUGCUGCACACUAUGAAAAUCUGAACGUUGCUCAGCUGCUGCUCAACAGAGGAGCCAAUGUCAACUUCACCCCAAAGAACGGUAUCACUCCUCUGCACAUCGCAUCCAGACGGGGGAACGUGAUCAUGGUGCGACUGCUGCUGGACAGAGGGGCACAGAUCGAUGCCAAGACCAAGGACGAGCUGACUCCUCUGCACUGUGCAGCCAGAAAUGGUCAUGUCAGGAUAAUAGAGAUCCUGCUGGACCACGGGGCCCCAAUCCAGGCAAAGACCAAGAAUGGCUUAUCUCCAAUUCACAUGGCAGCUCAGGGCGACCACAUGGACUGCGUCAAACAGCUCCUGCAGUACAACGCGGAGAUCGAUGACAUCACGCUGGACCACCUCACUCCUUUGCAUGUGGCGGCACACUGCGGACACCACCGCAUGGCCAAAGUGCUUCUGGACAAAGGUGGCAAACCCAACUCUCGAGCUCUGAACGGCUUCACUCCUUUGCAUAUCGCCUGUAAAAAGAACCACAUGCGUGUGAUCGACCUCCUGCUCAAACACGCUGCAUCGUUAGAGGCUGUAACUGAGUCGGGCUUGACCCCAUUGCAUGUGGCAUCAUUUAUGGGUCAUCUGAACAUCGUGAAGAUCCUCCUGCAGAAAGGAGCUUCCCCCAGUGCGUCAAAUGUGAAAGUGGAGACUCCUCUCCAUAUGGCUUCUCGCGCAGGACACUAUGAGGUGGCGGAAUUUUUACUGGAGAAUGCCGCACCGGUCGACGCCAAGGCCAAGGAUGACCAAAGCCCUUUGCAUUGUGCCGCUCGAAUGGGCCACAAGGAUCUUGUGAAGCUGCUGCUGGAUCACAAAGCCAACCCCAACUCCACCACCACAGCCGGACACACGCCCUUACACAUCGCUGCCCGGGAAGGUCAUGUACAAACUGUCCGCAUCCUCCUGGACACACAGGCUCAGCAGGCCAAGAUGACAAAGAAAGGCUUCACUCCGCUGCAUGUGGCUUCCAAAUACGGAAAGGUGGAUGUAGCAGAGCUGCUGCUGGAGAGGGGAGCUAAUCCUAACGCUGCAGGCAAGAACGGUCUGACACCACUGCACGUCGCUGUACAUCACAACAACCUUGACGUUGUGAACCUGCUCGUCAGCAAAGGAGGAUCACCACACAGUGCAGCCAGGAACGGCUACACUGCCCUGCACAUAGCAUCUAAGCAGAACCAGGUGGAGGUGGCUAACAGCCUGCUGCAGUACGGAGCUUCGGCCAACGCUGAGUCACUGCAGGGAGUCACACCUCUCCACCUGGCCUCGCAGGAAGGAAGGCCAGACAUGGUGUCGCUGCUCAUCUCCAAACAGGCCAAUGUCAACCUCGGCAACAAGAGUGGAUUAACUCCACUCCACCUGGUGGCACAGGAAGGACACGUUGGCAUCGCUGACAUCUUGGUGAAACAGGGAGCAUCAGUCUAUGCUGCCACACGGAUGGGUUACACCCCUCUCCAUGUAGCCUGUCACUAUGGCAACAUCAAAAUGGUGAAGUUCCUCCUGCAGCAACAAGCCAAUGUCAACAGCAAAACAAGGCUUGGAUACACUCCUCUGCACCAGGCGGCCCAGCAGGGACACACAGACAUUGUGACUCUGUUGCUGAAGCAUGGAGCUCAGCCCAACGAGACCACCACAAAUGGAACGUCAGCCUUAGCCAUUGCUAAGAGGUUGGGCUACAUCUCUGUGAUCGACGUCCUGAAGCUCGUCACUGAGGAGACAGUUUCCAUGACGAGCACAGAGAAACAUCGCAUGAGUUUCCCCGAAACGGUGGACGAGAUUCUUGACGUGUCCGAAGACGAAGGAAUUGCACAGCUAACAUUAGGAGAGGAGCUCUUGGGGACCGAAGGGGCCAGGUAUAUGAAGAUGGAUGACAUGAAAGACCAUGAUGACGAUUUCCUCUCCCCCAAGAAAUCACUGGAGUACGAGAGAGGGCUGGGCACAGCAAAUUACUCGCCAGCGAUUCCCAGGAUCCCCCGUGUCUCUCCAGAGACCGUCAUCCUCAAAGAACAUGAAAUAGAACAGCAACACACUCCUCUUCCACUGCCCAAAGAAUACGACGACGAUUCACUGAUUCCCAGCAGCCCAGCGACUGAGACAUCAGACAAUGUCAGCCCUGUCGCCAGUCCCAUACACACAGGGUUCCUGGUCAGUUUUAUGGUGGAUGCUCGAGGCGGCUCUAUGCGAGGCAGCAGGCAUAAUGGUCUGCGCGUCAUCAUACCACCACGGACCUGUGCGGCCCCCACCCGCAUCACCUGCCGCCUUGUGAAGCCGCAGAAGCUGACCAGCCCCCCUCCUCUGGUGGAGGGAGAGGGGCUGGCCAGCAGGAUCAUCUCCCUGGGUCCAGCUGGGAUGCAGUUCCUGGGACCAGUGAUUGUGGAAAUCCCCCACUUUGCUGCUCUGGGUCGAGGCGACCGGGAGCUUGUGGUGCUGAGGAGUGAGAACGGCUCUGUCUGGAAAGAGCAUCGGAAUCGCUAUGGUGAUGAGGUGCUAGAAACUAUUCUCAAUGGAAUGGAUGAAGAAUUAGAAAGUCAAGAGGAGCUUGUGAAGAAGAGAAUUCGCCGCAUCAUCUCUACCGACUUCCCCCUUUACUUUGCUGUUGUGUCGCGCGUCCAGCAGGAGAGCGAUCUGAUUGGUCCGGAGGGAGGUUCGCUGACGAGUAAACUGGUGCCAUUGGUCCAGGCUUCGUUUCCAGAGACGGCAGUCACCAAACGAGUCCGCCUGGGGCUGCAGGCUCAGCCAGUUCCAGAUGAACUGGUUGCAAAGCUGCUGGGUAACCAAGCAAACUUUAGCCCUGUUGUCACCGUGGAGCCUCGGCGGCGCAAAUUUCACCGACCCAUCGGCCUGCGCAUUCCCCUGCCGCCAUCCUGGAAGGAGAGCCCCCGAGACGCUGGGGAGGGUGACACCACCAGUCUGCGCCUGCUUUGCUCCGUCAUAGGUACUGCAUGCCACGGCGGGGAGUUGUGGGCGGGAGGCACAGCACCAGCCCAGUGGGAGGACAUCACCGGCACAACCAAGCUUAUGUAUGCUAAUGACUGCGCCAGUUUCACAACCAAUGUAUCAGCACGAUUCUGGCUCGCAGACUGUCCUCGGACCGCCGAGGCCGUCUCCUUUUCCAACCUGCUCUACAGGGAGCUGUCGGCUGUUCCCUACAUGGCCAAGUUUGUGGUGUUUGCGAAGAUGAAUGAGCUGCGCGAGGGCCGCCUCCGCUGCUACUGCAUGACCGACGACAAGAUGGACAAAACCCUGGAGCAACAUGAGAACUUCACAGAGGUGGCUCGCAGCAGAGACAUAGAGGUGAUGGAGGGAAUGCCACUUCACCUAGAAUGUUCAGGAAAUCUUCUGCCAGUGAGGAAAGCCACCCAGCAGCCUCGCUGCUUCAGCUUCCAGGCCUUUAGGGAUAACCGCCUCCCGGUGUCUGUUAAGGUGAGAGACAGCAGUAAAGAGCCCACGGGAUUUUUGUCUUUCCUGCGUAAGACCACCAAGUAUGAGGACAGUCAGCAUGUGCUCUGUAACCUCAACAUUACGAUGCCUCCGUGUAUCAGGCAGAUUCUGGGGAGUGAAGAUCGGAGGAGAACUCUGACCCCGCUGGCAUUGAGAGAAAGAUACAGUGCCCUAAAUGAGCCUGCGAUGGCUUCAAUGAGUGCGAUGGAGAGGACUGAGCUGAAAAUGGCUGUGAUUGCAGAACAGCUGGGACUGAGCUGGGCGGAGUUGGCACGUGAGCUUCAGCUCAGUGUGGACGACAUCAAUAAGAUCCGUGUGGAGAAUCCAAACUCUCUGCUGGAGCAGAGCUCAGCUCUACUCAACCUGUGGGCCACCCGAGAGGGCAAGAGGGCCAAGAUGGAGAGCUUGUACGCAGCUCUGAAGAGUAUUGACCGUAUGGACAUUGUCAGCAUGUUGGAGGGACAGCCCCCACAGCCUGCGAGACAAGGCGCCCGCGAUCUCAGCAGACGCCGACACAAUGAGAGAGAGCACAUUUCCCCUGGUAUGACCAAUGGUUAUGGUCUCGCGCAGGAUGAGCUUCUAUCCCCGGCCUCCAUGCAGUACAGUCUGCCCUCACCGCUGGGCGCUGAGCCUUACUGGCAGGAGGUCUCCAGUCUCGACUGUGCACCCAUUGCCACCACAGAAGAAGACACCCUCAUGGAGAUGUCUGAUGUGCAGGUGUGGCCCUCGGGCAACAGUCCCUCCCUGGUGCCCGUGGAGGACUCCUCGCUGGAGUGCAGCAAUGCUGAUGAUUCAGAGGGUCUGCUGGGACUGCCGUAUGGAAGUCUGGGUCGUCCAGCCAGUCAGGCCAGUGCAGCCAGUGGAGGGGGUGGGGUGCUCAGUGGCUCCAUUGAGCUGCCCGAAGAUGAUUCAGAGAUGGGCGUUGACUCGCUCAGCACUGCCACGCCAGCCUCGCUUGGGGGCACCAUCGCUGGGAUCAAUCUUAACAGGCUGAACAAUGGUCAGGGGUCAGAGGCGAGCUCGGAGGUAUCGGCAGUCACCAGUGCAACUGGUGGUGGAGGAGCUGGAGGAGGAAGAGGAGGAGGGACAGGCUCAGACGAAGGGCAUUCUCUUGUUACAGGACAGCAAAGGGUGUAUGCUCGGCUGAGUGAGUCACCUGGUCUGAGCUGUGUUCCAGAUCGAAAUGGAGACAGGUCAGGUAAUGGUGGAAACAGUGGUGGAGGCUCUUUCCUUUCCUACCUGCAGGAGCAAACAGGCCCACAAUGGAUGCCUGUCACUGACCCUACUCAGGCCUGGGUGGGCAGUCAGUCCAAGCCCAGACAGGCCAUGGACUCCAUGAUGUCAUCUGUACGCAACGCUGUUGACGGAGACCAAUCGCAUAUGCGCAACGCUGUUGACGGAGACCAAUCGCAUAUGUCACCAGAGGCCUUGCUUCAGCCUGUGAGAGACAUGGGGCACUCUGAGAUCUUAUGCGGGCACUUCAGAGGUACCCAACCAUUUGAGAAGGGUUUGGGCUUCCCACACAGAGUACCAGAGCUACGGGCCUGGGACGAUGUGCGUCUGAAGGGCCAGGGCGAUGAGGCUGAAGAUCUUCCAGGGGAGCAAGUAAGCGAGGAACAGUUCACGGAUGAACAUGGAAACAUUGUCACAAAAAAGAUUGUGCGUAAGGUUGUGCGCAGAGGAAAGGGUUCAGGUGAAGAGGGGGUUCAGGAGGUGUGCAUGGAGGGUUCUCUGCAGGACGCCAAUGAGCUGGAUGUUGAUGCUGAGCAGUUCAUGAGCUACGCCAUCCUGGGCCGCGACAGCAGCAAGCCCGAUACUGUGGAUGUGAAGAAAGGUGCUCAGAUAGUGAAAUGUGCCAGUCUGCGGAGAGUUAAGCAGUGAGGCAGACUGAGCGCUGCGUCCCCUCAGAGUUCUCCGCAGGAUUCAACCCCCUCACCAAAACCAUCCUAUAUGGACACAUGACCAGAAGCAACUCAUAAGGAAGAAGAACACGUUAAAAAACAGAAGCAGAAGGGCAGAAAUGAACAGCUACAACUUAAUGACAACCAUGGCGGCUAAGCCGGCUAUCAGCACACACCAGAAGAGAAAGGAUAUGGAUUUACUUGUAGUUUUUAUUACUUUUUUUUAAAGAAAACAUGGGAAAAACAUAUAUAUAUAUAUACAUAUAUAUAUAAAAUAACUAGGCUAGAAGCAUGAUUUCAUAUAAAACAAAAACCAAACACAGACAAAAAAAACAAAAAAAACUAGCAACCAAAACGUGCUUCCUGUUAUCUGUGUCAGCAUGAGUGACUGCUGCCGCAUGGCCUGUCUUUAACUACAAAUACCGAGGGAAUGCAGGGGGUGGGUUAAAGGGGCGGGGAGGGAUGGGGAGGAGACACCGCUGUAUGGGACAGGCAUGCACUGUAAGGUUUGGUCAAUCACUGGCCACUUUUCUAAAUCGACAGGGGAAAUGUACCUGUGAAACAUGAAAAAAAAAGAAGACUAAAAUAUCGAGGAUUACAUAAUCUCUAGGCAACAUGUUAUCCCCCCAACCCCACCUGCCCGCAUUCUUCAAAGCAUCACAGACUUGUUUUGAAUCCGUCCCAGUGCUCUCAAAGUCCAGUAAAGCUACAAAUAUCACCCAAUAAUAUUGGUGUUGUACAUAAUAGUGUAUGCACUGAAAUGCUCUACGUGACUGUGUUACAUGUGUUGUUGAUGUAACAAGAUCCCCAAGCGACGCCACUGAUGCUGCUGUUUCAGUUACAUAAGAAACCCCCCCCCCGUUUGGUUCAUUUGGUCUGAACCUAUGUAUUAUUCUAUAUAUCUUGAGAUCUUUGUGGGUUACAAGAACAUGCAAAAUGUCGUGUCUCUGCCUGUUUUUAGCAUCAGAUUUCUGUGUGUCCAGCUGUUUGUUUCUCUGUGCUUUCAUCAUUUGCUUUAGACAUGUAAAAGUGUAAAGGGACGGCUUUAAAUCGCUCACUGCGGGGGGUUUUGUGACGGACCUGUCUCGAGAUAUAUGCUAAAUGACAGAUUAGCCUACUCUGCCAUCCUAAUCCUCCACCUUUUCAUCCACAGUCUGUGAUAAUCCGUUGUCUGUCUUAAAUCCCGACACCUCUCAUCGCUCCAUGUUGCCCCGUACCGCCCUACCUCCACCUCCAACCCCUCCCCCCUUUCAGUCAGCCUCUCAGAGUAGAUGUAGCAGUCCUGUCCACCUCCUACCAGAGGUACCAGGAUACAAAUUCACCUUUGUAGCAGUGUCUCUAUAUCCUCUUUGUGCAGUAUCUGAUGCCACCGCCCAGUGGGGUGCACUUAUAGACCAUCUCACCACCACUAGAAAGUGUCACUUGAUGUGGGUGAAGUGGCUGAAAAAUGCUGGUAAUAAUGUAGCACUGGUUGGACUGGGUAAAAAAAAGAGAAUCAGCUGGAGAAAGGAGGAAUGUUGUGUCGCGGGUCAAGGAUGUGUUGAGCUUUGAUGUUUGUCUCCUUGGUAACUCUUGGUAAAGUGUAGCAAAGACAGUCAGUCACCAAUCACUGUGAUGAGAAACUGUAAUACUGACCCGCAACUGUGAGCCUGACCCUUCCUGAAGUGUGUCUCUUGUCUCACUCCUUUCUUCCCUGGCACAUCUUUUGUUUUUUUUGUUUUUUUUGUCACGUCUUAACUGUUCUUCAAAAGAAGCAAUAACUGCUUACAAAAGAUAGGCUCGUUUGUGUGACUGUGGCUGAGUGUGUUUUCGUGUGACGGGGGGGCGGGGUUUAGGAUCAUAGUUCAUGUUCUUCCGAAGCUCGGGCUUCAGAUCUGAUUUCACACAGGUUUGAGCCUCACUACACUCAGAAAUGAUGUCAGCACAUUAGCAUCUGAUAUUUUUACCACUUUUUCCUCUUUUGGAAUAAGAAAACUUACGUUUGAGUUGUGCAAAAAAGCUGGUCUCCCAUCUGCAAAGUGCCCAGUGUCUGUUUUCAUGUGGUGUAGUUUUAAAAAUCUUAAUAACAUUCAUAUGCACCUUGAAAUAAAUCCUAUUGGGUGUGUGUGUGAGUGUGUGAGCGCAUGUGUGUGAGAUUUUACUAUCAUGUAUUCAGUCCUGUAUCAUGGGACAUAUCAAUGUUGUGAUAAUAUCACAGAAAGCUAUAUUGCAAAUGAACAAAGAGCAGCAGCUCUCACGUUACACAUGUAAUUCACGUCUUUUUUCUUCUUUUUUUUAAAAACAGAAACUUAAUUUACCUCAAAAAGCGAAACCAUCUCACGUGAUAUCAGUCACACACGCAUUUCCUUUUCAAACGUUUCAGUAAACGUUGAUUGAUAUGUUAUUUAAGACAAUGUAAGUCGCCAAACUUUUGCAAUAAGCACCUGUCAAUAAGUGUUUAGUUUCGGCUCCACGGCCAGAGAUGACGAAUGUAAAGUCUUGGUAUACUGUAAGUCUCGUUAUAAGGUUGUGUUGGCUUUGUACUUUAGUAGAUCAUAGGGUGUUUCACUCAGUAUCUGCUCUUGAUCGUCAAAAACAUGUCAUUUCAUUCUCAUUUCAUAACAAACAUACAUAAGAGGAAAGAUGUGAAGAUGUGUUUCUUGCCAUUUUAACAAAUAUCCAUUCACACGUAUUAUUUCUAUUAUAUUACUAUUUUUUUAAGAGUCAUAAAAAGGUUGGAUGUCAGUAAUAUUUUGACAUAUUGCCCCACAUGUCAUAUGGUUUGCUCUCUAAGGGCUCAUGAUUAUGAUAGGCUUGCAUUGGUUUCUGAUGAAAGGGCCUGUUUUAUAAAUCCACUGCUGAUGUCAGGGUUUUAGAGUGAGGAGGUGUGGGACGGGAAGGGGCUCUGCAUGGUGAAAAGACAGACGAGGGGAAAGCACUCUGAAGCCGUAUGGAGUGACGCGUGGUUGCUCCUUCAACAAGAUGACAAGCAUUUUUACUCAACACACAGCCACACUCAACAACUCUUGAUCUCAAAACGUGAGACCGAGCCACUUCCGAGGCUUCCACGUGGCGACGGUUUCAAAUCAGUUUUGAAUGGAGGAAUCCACACAAACAAGGGCGAGCAGAGGAAGGAGCGGUUCCACGAAAAAUAAACAAUACCGAGCUCUGCUCUGAGGGACUACUGAGUCGACGCCAUGCACCACGUCCAUGCAAAAAUAUUAACUGUUGCAAAAACUAGAGAACACAUGUAUAUUCCUUUAGAAUGGAUUGAAGACAUUAUUAACGCAAUAGCAUAUUACUCAAUACUAAGGAAUGCAACUGCGUACAUGCACAGAAAAUGUUUUUAACAUAAAAGGAUAUGUAUAUAUACACAUAUAUACACACAUAUAUGUGUAUGUAUAUGAGAAAUAUAUUAAAAAAUAUAUAUAUUUACUUAGAAUGCUAUGCACCCUUACUUGUCAAAUGGGAUUCUAGUUAUGUUAUGGAUGUACUUUUAGCAUCAUACAGCUGUAGCUACCAAGAGACUGUUGAGUUCUGAGUAAUGCCUGCAAACCAAGGGAUAAAUUGGGUUCUUGUGGGUAUUUUAACCUGAUUUUUUGUUUUGCUUUUUUUUUUUUUUUUUAAAUGUUAUGGAGAGUUGAUCAUGAAUUUAAAAUACACAUAUAAGAGCCUUUUAAUCCCAAUCAAAUCUGAGGACAUCUAUUGACAAUUUACUCUGUACACCAGCUCAACAUUUACAAAAAUUAAUAAAGAAAUGAAAUGUC